UUUCUUUCUUUGAUUUUUUUGUUCAAAUGGAUUGUUUUGUUUCGGAAAAAUGUAAUUUUUUUGGUAAUUUUCUAGAGGAACAUAAAGGUAGCUCAUCACGAAAUCCGGUUUACGUAAACCGAGAAGAACUUUGGGAAACCUUAGCCAUGGCGAUCACCACCACAGCCACUCUUCUUUUCUGCUCCGCAGAACCCAUUCGCCUGCGAAUUCCGUUCCGGGCCUGUUCAUCGUACCAGUCUUCUUCAGCAGCCAUUUCCCCGAGCCGACCCGUACAUCGAAUCCUGAGUCAGAGCAUAAUCCAUGACCCGAUUGCGCUGUCGGGUCUUCUCGGUACCGGACUGGUCGCCGCCGUGUUCCUCGCCGCGGAGCCAGCUUCUGCUGCGGCGGCGACGGAUUUUCCGGUGGUGGGUUCACUUCAGCUAAGCGAACCGGCAAAUGCUUUGUCUCUCCCCACCUGGGCCGUACAUGUUUCCAGUGUUGUCGAAUGGGCUACUGCUAUGGUUUUGGUGUGGAGAUAUGGGGAAAGAAAGGGCUACGAGGCGUGGAAAGGUCUCUCAUGGGGGAUGGUACCUCUUCUUGGUGGCGCUCUUUGUGCUUGCACUUGGCAUUUCUUUUACAAUGCUGAAUCUCUUGAGGUGCUGGUGGCGCUUCAGGCAGCACUAACUGUGAUAGGUAACAUGACAAUGUGCAUUGCUGCCUUUCGCAUCAACAAAUCAACCACUGAAGUCACCGAGAAACCAUGAGACUCGUAUGCCUUUGCUCGGGAACGGAAAUUUGGUUCUUUACUUAGUAUGAAUGGGGGAUUCGGAUUGCAGCUUUGAGUUUCUCAGUUGGCAAGAGAAGCAACUGGACUUUAAUGAGAAAAGCGGUUUGUCUCUGUAUAACUACUGAGAAGAUCUGGUGUUAGUAUUUUCUAUAGAAUUGCUCAAAAAUGUGUUUCUUUCCCGUAGCUCUCGAGCGUGAGCAACGUAUGUAUAACCAUAGUGUAUUUUCUUGUGUAACUAUAGUGUAUAACCAUAGUGUAUUUUCUUGAGAA